AGUUCCAGACUCCCGUCAACAUGUUGGUGACAUACAUCCUUGCCUCUGUUUUGCUCUUCGGUUCUGUGCUGGGCCAGAGAUGCAGCACCAUAUGGGGCAUCAGAGACACCAAUUACCUUAUUGAAAAUCUGAAGGAUGAUCCACCGUCAAAAUGCAGCUGCAGCGGCAACGUGACCAGCUGCUUGUGUCUCUCCGUUCCAACUGAUGAUUGUACCACACCGUGCUACCAUGAGGGACUGUUACAGCUGACCAAUGCCACACAGAAACCAAGACUCAUGCCUGUUUUCCAUCGGGUGAAAAAGAUAGUUGGAAUCCUAAAGAACAACACGUGUCCGUCCUUUUCCUGUGAAAAGCCAUGCAACCAGACCAUGGCAGGCAACACACUGUCAUUUCUGAAGAGUCUCCUGGGGAUGUUCCAGAAGACAGAGAUGCGAGGACAGAAAAGCCGACCAUGAAGACAGAUGCUAUUUAUUCUAUUUAUUGAAUUUACAAAACCUCCCCUCCUUAAUUGUUACAGUGAAGAAAUAAACUAAGCUAUUCU